UGUAGUUUAUUUUUUACAUGUAAAAUCAGUAAAAUAGUAAAAGCAAGCAAGAGAAAAUACUAACACAUAUGGAAUUAUACAGCGGUCAAAAAAAAAAGAGUUUUAAAAAUAUCUUAUAUAUUAGAUUCUUCAAAGGAGAAGCAGCUUAGUCUUGAUACAGCUUUGCACGAUCUUGGCAUUCACUCAAGCAGCUUCAUGAAGAGCCACCUGGGAUGCUUUUGCGAUAGUCUUGAAGAAAUUCCCACAUAUGCUGAGCACUUGUUGGCAGGCUUUGAAAACAAAUUUCAGGUAUUUUAGCAUGAACCUUUAGAACCUUUAGAUGAAAAUGUCUAGAAGGUUAUGAAAAACAUAUCCUCAGAAAGGGUCAAACGUGACUGCUGCUGUGUGUGAUUAUGUGUUGGCUUGGAUGUAAUUUUAACAACUGAUUUUUUCAUUUUUUCAGAUUGUUUUUUAGGUACUCCCUGAGUCACUGUAUGCUAAGUGAGGUACUGUGUGUAACGAAAGUAAUCUAGCUAAUUGCGUUAAAAACAUGAAUCUAACGCCACCAGACCAAAGCAUUCAUAAGCCUAAUGAGGGCUGUCUGGAGGACAACAAAACAGACCUAAUGUUGCCCUGCUUUCGCAGAAGCAUGUAUGAGGAGCCUCUCUCAUCUUAUCACAACGGAUCCCUGAUCUCUCACCUCCUGCGCAAAACCAUCCACAACAAGCGGCCCGCUCUCAACAACAGCCACCUCUACUUACCGUCCACCUCCGUAUCUGGAGCCGGAUUGGUUCCUGAAUCAGGAUCUACUAUGGCUGAGUCUGCUCAUGAGGACCGAAGCAGCAUGUCUUCCAAGGACAGCCUGGGGGAAUCAGCAUCCCCUGGGGGUCCCGCCUCUGCUGAACGAAUGAGUGUCGAACCUGAACGUCCACUGAGCGAGCAUCUCCAGGCCAAGCGGGCCAGGGUGGAGAACAUCAUACGAGGGAUGGCCGGGUCACCUAGUAACAGAUCACACGGAGAAGUUGAGGGUGCAGAGGGUGAAACCUGCAGGUACAGUGCAGAAGUGUAUAAGGAGAGCAAGCGCAAGAGGAAACUUCCGCAGCACCAGGAUCACAGUCAUUCCGCAGUGUUGACCCCAACUGGCAGCCCUAACACAAGCAAAGACGAAGAGUGUCACAAGCUGCGAGAGCAACUGCAAAGCAUGCAGCGCCUCUUACGCCAACUCCAAGAAAAAUUCCUUCAGAUGUACGACCACAGCAACUUGGAGAGCGAAGAAAAAGGGGAAGGAGAUGUUCAGGAAGACAUCAAUGAGCCGCAGCUGGAUUCGAGCACCUCCUCUGACAACAAAAGGCUCGCCAACAAGGAUAGAAUGAAAGUGGACGGCGGCUAUCUGAGCUCAGAGCGAGAUCAAAAGAGCCUGCAGGAGAUGCUGAAGUGCGAGCUGUCCAGAGCUGUGAGUGAAAGUGUUGAUAUGGUGUUCCGAAAGCUCUCCAUGACCCUGCAAAGCCAGUCACCACAGCCACAAGUGUGUCAAAGCCCAGAAUACACAUGUGUCGAGAAGCGAGGACAACAAGCCUGUGCUUCAGAGCUGUCUGACUGUGAAGAUGUCUCAAAGCCCAAGCCCCUCGAGUACUAUGAGAGCACCCCAGUCGCCAGCCCAGAGCACCAGACAGAAGCCCUGUCCCUAGUGGUCCGUAAACCUUCCCUAAACCAGCUGAGUUCAUUAAGUCAGCAGGUGAAGAGGCCGUAUCCGCUGCACCAGACUCCUUUCCAGUUCAGUUACAGUGCCCCCCUCCACGACAGCCAGAUCCUAGAGCACCUCCUCAAGUUCGGACCUCACGCUAAUUUCGCAGGGAUCCCAUGCCUUCCCCCCUCCCUGGACCGCUCGUCCCCAGAUUCGCUGGACCUUCCGUGGGAAAGCAUUGCCAUGAGGUCCAAGGUGAGCUCGGGACAUCUUGGUCAGCACCAUCGCCCUGGGGCGCUGGGACAGGUCUCCAUAGACAGCUUGUGCCUCCCUCACGUCAAGAUGGAGUGCGGAGACCUGCAGAGCAUGGCAGAGAGGAGCACCUUCAUGUCCCUAAAUAUCCAAGAGGGCCUUACACCCAACCACCUGAAGAAAGCCAAACUGAUGUUCUUCUACACACGCUACCCCAGUUCAAACGUACUGAAGACUUUUUUCCCUGAUGUAAAGUUCAAUCGCUGCAUCACUUCCCAGCUGAUCAAGUGGUUCAGUAACUUCAGAGAGUUCUACUACAUACAGAUGGAGAAGUUCGCCCGGCAGGCUAUCGUGGAUGGUGUGAGUGAUGUGAAAGACAUGGCUGUAACCAGAGACUCUGAACUGUUCCGCGCUCUCAACAUGCACUACAACAAGGCCAACGACUUCCAGGUCCCUGACAGGUUCCUGGAGGUGGCUGAAAUCACUCUUCAUGAAUUUUACAACGCCAUUUCCCUCAACAAAGACUCUGACCCCUCCUGGAAAAAAGCCAUUUACAAAGUCAUCUGUAAACUGGACAGCGAUGUUCCUGAAGAAUUCAAGUCACCUUCAUACCUGUAGGUAAAGUAGUGACUGUGAUUUUCCUUUUCCCCCAGAAGAACAUGAGCUUUCUGUAGGCCUACAGGGUGAUUCUAGCUGGCGACUCUGAUCAUUUCACUUUUAAUAGUGAAGUAGUGGCUGAUAUCUACUACAACUACAACUGCAAAAAGUCCAGAUAUCCUCAAUAAUAAACUGUAAAGCUGCACCUGUACAUGACUUUAUAUGUGUAGCAAACUGAUAUGAUACAGUAGUAAUGUUACAUCAUCAUCAAUUUGACUCUGCCAUGCUGACUGGGUGUUAUCUCAGAUAACGUCAGAUAAUGUAAGCUAAGUUUUCUUUAAUCUAAAGUUGUCUUUUUGUUUCUUUUUAUUAAGUGAAUUGUACUUUACUUUUAUACUGCAACUCUAGGAGUGGAACUAUUUAUCUGAAGUUUUGUUUCUGUUUAAUGUUUUGUUUUUGCCUAAAAUGUAAAAAUAAUAAAGUGGGUGUUUCAGUAAUUGAACUUGUUUAAUUAAGAUUAAGACGUCAUUUCCAUGUGAGUCUCUAGGUUUGGAUUUAUGUACUGGAUUUAUGUCUGGAACUCUUAAUAACUGUGAUAUAUUGUGUACAGGCUGGGACUUUUAUCUCAUCAAGUGUCUGUUGUGAAUUCUAAAUAUGUUUUAAAUAUAUGCUUCUUACUGUAGUUGUGUAGUUGUAUGGUAUCGUAAGACAAAUGCAUUAUUCAAAUUAUGCUAGUUUUGAUUACACAGAUAGGCAGCAGUAUGUGGAAAAUAAACCUAUGCGUGUGAAAACCUUGA